AUGGGAAAUCAAAAUCCACAAGGGUUUAAUCCCUUCAAUCCCAAUCAAGGAAGAGGAAAUAAUCAAGAUAAUAAUAACAAUUAAAACAAGGAUUAGCAAAAAAAACCACCCCCUCCACCAUAAAGAGUAGGAAGGAAAAAGCUUAGAAAGGGUGUUGAAUAGGCAUCCAAAUUACCAGCAGCAACACCAAUUACUAAGUGUAGAUUAAAAUUACUUAAAAAUGAGAGAAUUAAAGACUAUCUGCUUUUAGAAUAGGAAUUUAUUGAAAAUUAAUAAAGAUUAAAGCCAUUAAAAGAAUAGGAUCAAGCUGAAUCAGAAGAGCAGAAAAAAAUAGAAUAACUUAGGGGCACACCAAUGAUCGUAGGAACAUUAGAAGAAUUUGUAAAUGAAAAUCAUGCUAUUGUAUCGUCCUCAGUUGGUCCAGAAAGUUAUUCAGGAAUCAUGAGUUUUGUUGACAAAGAUUAGUUGGAGCCAGGUUGUUCUGUUCUAUUAAAUUAAAGAUCCUAUGCAGUUGUUGGUAUAAUGUAAGAUGAAAUUGAUCCUCUUCUUAAUGUGAUGAAAGUUGAUAAAGCUCCACUUGAAUCCUAUGCAGAUAUUGGAGGUCUUGAAUAGUAGAUUUAAGAAAUUAAAGAAGCAGUGGAACUUCCAUUAACACAUCCAGAAAUCUAUGAAGACAUGGGAAUUAAACCACCAAAAGGUGUCAUCUUAUAUGGAGAACCAGGAACUGGAAAGACACUUUUAGCGAAGGCAGUUGCCAAUGAAACUUCGGCAACAUUCCUAAGAGUGGUUGGAUCAGAAUUGAUAUAGAAAUAUCAAGGAGAUGGUCCUAAAUUAGUUAGAGAGUUAUUCAGAGUUGCUGAAGAGCAUGCUCCUAGUAUAGUGUUCAUUGAUGAAAUUGAUGCUGUUGGUACUAAGAGAUAUGAUUCUCACUCUGGUGGUGAAAAAGAAAUUUAAAGAACAAUGCUUGAAUUAUUAAAUCAAUUGGAUGGUUUCGAUUCAAGAGCAGAUGUUAAAGUAAUCCUUGCCACGAAUAAGAUUGAAUCUCUUGAUCCAGCAUUGAUUAGACCUGGACGUAUUGAUAGAAAAAUAGAAUUCCCAUUGCCUGAUGUAAAAAAUAAAAAGAAGAUCUUUUAAAUUCACACUAGUAAAAUGAAUCUAGGAGAGGAUGCAAAUUUGGAUGAAUUCAUUAAUGCUAAAGAUGAAUUAUCUGGAGCUGAUAUCAAAGCCAUGUGUACAGAAGCAGGUUUAUUGGCCCUUAGAGAAAGAAGAAUGAAGAUAACAUAAGAAGAUUUUAGAAAAGCUAAAGAAAAGAUAUUAUAUUUGAAAAAAGGAAAUAUUCCAGAGGGUCUCUAUAUUUGAGAUAAUAUCUAUA